AUGAUGUUUCCGGGAAUGGCUGUGCCUGGUCGGCCAGCUGCAAGUCGACCCGCGGCUUCUGCGCUCCCUGUAGGGCGAAUUGACAACGCUGCGGCUGUCCUGGUCUCACGCCCAGAAUGGGCACCACCCAGGCUAGAGACCAAGGACUUCGCCUCGAUGGACUCGAAAAGCCAGUUAAUGCACUUCUGCCAAAAGAAGCUGGGGAGCAUCUUUAAGGGAGGGGAUAUCGUCUACACCAACAACAAGUUUCCUAUGGGUUUUCAGUCCAUCGUGAAGUUGGUUUGCCUUGGCGGGCAAGAAUUUGCUGGCGAGUUGAAACCAUCAGCCACUGAGGCAGAGCAGGCUGCAGCACAGCAAGCCGUAGAGUCCUUCAAGGCUGAAAUUUCUGCUCUUGGCCUUGAUCGUGGCGUCGAGGUGACCAGAAAGAGAAAAGGCGGACCUAUGGAGCCCAGUGUCAAGAUCAAGAAGCAAAAACUGCCACCUGGAAUAUUGGGUGAGACUGCGGUGGUUCCUCCUGAAGCCACCGCAAUCGUUCAGACCAGCAAGAUGGAGCUCAAUACCCAUUGCUCCAAAAUUGUCCGCAGAGUCAUGGAAAAGACCGACGUCACCUACGAAACCGAUGAUGUGGAGGGUGGUGGCUAUCAAUCGAAGCUGAGGUUAAGCUGUUUGCCCGACUCAUGGGGCAGCAAAGUCUUUGUUGGUGAGGUAAAUGUGAAGAAGGGAGAUGCGGAGCAAAGUGUGGCUGCGGUAGCACUGGCAGCAAUCCGAACGGACGUGAGCUUGAUGAGCAAGUUUGCAGCUCCGCCAAAGCAGAAGGUGCGACCACCGGGCAUGAAAGGCAAAGGCGGCGGCAAGGGCAAGGUGCCACCUCCAAAUGCCAACAUGCUCCAGUUGCAGGCCAGUGCUUUUAUGGCUCCACAGAUGCAGGCCCGCACAGACGCAUUCCACAAAGCGGCUUUUGGUGAGGCAACGGUGAGAAGGAAGCUAAGACCAGGCCAUUUGCGGCAAAAGCCGCCGGUGUUGACUUGGGCCGAAGCCAAAGGUAGAAGACAGAUGCAGAAAGUAGGUUAA